AUGACCGAAACUGUUCAAAAUGACGUUGAGGUUGAAAAAUUAAAUUGUCGCGCUAUAUUCGGUAUUAAUGGUAAAGUGAACUUUGGCUUGCACUUACAUCCCGAUGGCCGUCACAUGAUAUUCCCAUUGGGCAUGAAAAUUGGUAUUGAUGAUACAAAGACCAGUACACAGGAAUUUAUAGCCGGACACACCAAUAAUUUAUCUUGUUUGGAUUUAAGUCGCAGUGGAAAAUAUAUGGCUUCUGGGCAAAUCAAUCAUAUGGGCUUUCCAGCUUACGUUAUACUCUGGGAUUUCGCUGAACGUCGUGAAUUAGCUAGACAUGACUUGCACAAGGUUCGGGCUCAGUCAGUUUGCUUUACCGCUCAUGAUAAAUAUAUAAUUUCGAUUGGCGGCCGUGAUGAUGGUUCGGUGAUUGUCUUUGAUAUUGAAACACGGACUCCGAUAUGUCGCUCCGUAGCCUCACGGGGUAUUAAUGGUAAUCCGGAGGUGGUAAAGGCACUAAACAAUAAUCCCUCAUUUUUCGUAACAGCUGGUGAUCGUCAUUUACGAUUAUGGAGCAUUCAACGUGAAAUGAAAAAGGUUAAUGUCCAGGAUGUAUUCAUGGGUAAACAACAAAGGCGCAUGUGUUGUGUGGGUAUAUAUCGCGGCGAUGAGUACGCUUAUAUGGGUACGUACAGUGGGGAUUUGAUGAAAGUGUCUCUGAAUUGUUGUGAUGCUGUCAAUGUUACUCAUGUGGGUCAAACUUCCGGACUUGUGGGUGCCUACGGUGUGCACAACCCCCGUAAACCGUUCGGCAAGGACUGUAAUCGCUACGUGCAUGGUGUGCGCGUCUUGCGUAUUGUUGACGAUGGCCUAUUAUUAGUAGGCGCAGGAGAUGGUGUCGUUGAGUUGGUAGAAGAGCGUAAAGAUAUUAAUGAAAUCGCCUUUAAAAAUUAUCCGAAUCCUACUUGUCCUAUGCUAAAGAUGCUAAAACGAACUAAAGUAAAUGGGGCGGUAAGCUCUUUAGUGGAAAUUAACCCCCUGGAAUAUUAUAUCGCUACCGACUUGAAUGAGAUAUAUUUGUUGAAUAUCAAAACUUUUAGUUUGAAGCUUUUGAAAACUUCCCAUAAAAAGGCCGUAUAUGCUAUAGUGUUCCCCAGAAAUCUGUCUAAUGUUUUCGCUACAGCGGGCUAUGAAACGAUACGUGUUUGGUCGACAAAACGUUUACAGGAAUUGUUACGCAUCAUGGUUUAUAAUUUCAAUUGCGCAGCAUUAGCUUUCAGUUUCGAUGGCACUAGUAUUGUGUCCGCUUGGAAUGAUGGCGUUAUUAGAUCUUUUACACCCAUCACAGGCCGUUUGAUUUAUGCUAUACCCAAUGCUCAUAAUAAAGGUUGCAGCGCUUUAGCUAUAUCCUCAACAGGUCGGGUAUUAGUUACGGGGGGUAUAGAAGGCCAAGUGCGAGUUUGGAAGAUUGAACCGUUUCGACAAAGUUUGUUGGGCGUUUUAAAGGAUCACUCGGCGCCUAUAACCACAUUAGACUUUAAUAAAUUCGAUACCGAAGUUAUAUCUGCCAGUAGUGAUGGUUCUUGUGUAAUCUGGGACAUAAAACGUUUAACUCGUAAAACUGUUGUGGCCGCCAAUACACAAUUCAUGACUGCAAAAUACUUCCCAACUGGUGUACAAUUUUUAACUUGCGGCACUGACGGUUGCAUUAGCUAUUGGAUGGUCUACAACGGUAGUUUGAUACGGGAAUUACAGGCCUCUAAGAAAUCAUCUGUCAAUCAUAUAGCCAUUAAUGCUACAGGUGACUACUUCGCAUCAGUGGGCAGCGAUCAAAUGGUUAAGCUUUGGGACUACAAUAGGGGUAAUGUCGUGGCUGAGGGCCAUGAACAUGCCUCUGCUGUAAUAAGUGUAGCGUAUAGUCCGUCUCGUAAAUUCUUCGUUACGGGUUGUACAGAUGGCGCCAUCAUUAUAUGGGACGUUCCAGAGAAAUAUUGGGGCCAAGAGAAUCCUCCCCCAAUUGAAGAGCCGAUUGUCGAAGAAAAACCUAAACCAAAAACAGAAACCCCAUCUCAGCCUCAAGUGAAAUCUUCACGCAGCAAUACUAGUAAAGGGGAAAAUAUCGAAGGAUUGGUCGCUAGCACACCCAAGAAUAACAUUUGUUGCGUUGAGUGCCCGCCGAUAACUGCCACCACCAAAAAAGGGGCCAACGAAAAUUGUAACAUUGUACCGGAUGUCAAGAAAUGUUAA